AUGAGUUCGGCAUCAGCCAUACUCACAUCAUUAUCGGAUUUAACCAAUAAUCCAAAAUUGGAACAUUAUGAUCCUCAUCUUUGUAAAGAUAUUCAUAUUAAACUUGAUAAAGAAGCACGCGAUCAAGGUUUAAGUUAUCAAGAACGUUUUGACAUGGCACGAAAAAAUAUGUCUGUUUAUAAUAAAUGGCAAUCAAUAUUUCCUAGUGGUAUAUCUCAAUGUCUUAAAGAAUAUUGGAAAGAACGUAUGAGUGCAGCACCACUCGAUCCACGUUUUCCGAAUGUAAAUCAAUCAAAACGAUGUUGGGUUAAUUAUGUUGAUUAUCAUCGUUGUAUGGAAAUGAAAAAUGAUGAAAAAGUUUGCGACUAUUUCAAAUUUCAUUAUAUAGAUCUAUGUCCAAAAGAAUGGGUUGAAAAAUGGGAUGAUCAAAUGGAGCGUGAAGUUUUUCCUGGUAUACACGAUUAG